AUGCCUUCAUUGAUGCGUUACCUCUUUAUAGUUUCUGUCUCUUGUGUAAUCAUUUUUAUCGUGUUCUAUGUGUUCAAUUUUGGGGGCGAGCAAGGCUUCCAGAGGCUAAAUAACUCGGACACUUUGAUGCUGAGUCAAGUCUGCAUAUCCUUUACCAGUGGCAAAACACCUUUCCUCUGGAGAAACAAACUCAUGAUCUAUGAGACGUCUUCUUGCAAGGAAUACCUGGCUCAAAGCCACUACAUCACGGCACCGUUAUCUAAAGAAGAAGCUGAAUUUCCUUUGGCGUAUAUCAUGGUCAUCCAUCACAAUUUUGACACCUUUGCAAGGCUCUUCAGAGCUAUUUACAUGCCUCAGAAUAUCUACUGUGUUCACGUGGAUGAGAAAGCGACAGUUGAAUUUAAAGAUGCAGUGGAGCAAUUACUGAGCUGCUUCCCGAAUGCUUUUCUGGCUUCCAAGAUGGAACCCGUGGUGUAUGGUGGGAUUUCCAGGCUCCAGGCUGACCUGCACUGCAUCAAAGAUCUUGCAGCCUUGGAGGUUCCGUGGAAAUACGCCAUCAACACCUGUGGGCAAGAUUUCCCCCUGAAAACCAACAGGGAGAUAGUUCAGUAUCUGAAAGGAUUUAAAGGGAAAAACAUCACACCAGGGGUGCUGCCUCCAGCUCACGCAAUUGGACGGACUAAAUAUGUCCACCGAGAGCACCUGGGCAAAGAGCUUUCCUAUAUGAUAAGAACCCCAGCACUGAAACCGCCUCCUCCCCACAAUCUCACCAUUUACUUUGGUUCUGCCUACGUUGCCCUGUCAAGAGAGUUCACCAACUUUGUUCUCCAUGACCCACGGGCUCUUGACUUGCUCCAGUGGUCCAAAGACACCUUCAGCCCGGAUGAACAUUUCUGGGUGACGCUUAAUAGGAUUCCAGGUAUGUGGGAUUUCCUAUUUCACGUGAAGGCAACGUGCCAUACUUGA